ACUUUUCAUGAGAUUGUACAUUACAUGGUACAUACUUCUUUACUAUCCUGUUGGUAAUUUAUAUAAUGUUCAGGUGUUAGGCAAGAUGAUUUCAUGUUUAAAAGUGAAGAGACAUGACAAAGAUGAGACUGAAGAAGGUGAUAAGACAUUUUUCACAAAAAAUGGAGGGGCUUUAUUAGAGGAGCUUAUUGCCCUCCGUAAUGGCAAAUCUAAUCCUAUCCGUCGUUUCUCUGCGAAAGAGCUUCUUAUAGCAACAAACAACUAUCAUGGAUGCCAGAUUUUUGUGAAAGACUGUGGUUAUCAAUUGUACAAAGGGUCCCUGAAGGACCGUCCCAUUGUUGUGAAGACGUAUGGGAAUGACCAACAUCCAAGGGCUAAAUUUGCAGGCACAGCCAACCCUUACAAAGAUAUUGCCAUCGGAUCACAAAUGAGUGUUCACAACAAUGUUUUAAAAGUUAUAGGAUGCUGCUUGGAGACCCAACAACCAACUGUAGUAUAUGAAUUUGUUGGAACAAAAAGCCUCUCCACAUGCAUCUCUGCUACUAAUAAUGUUGAGCCACUACCAUGGAAAUGCAGGUUGAAAAUUGCAAAAGAUUUAGCUAAUGCAAUUGCGUAUCUCCACACUGCAUUUUCUAGACCAGUUAUUCAUCGAGAUAUUAAGUCCUCAAAUAUCAUAUUGGAUCAGAACAAUGUUCCCAAGAUCACUGAUUUCGGACUAUCUAUAUCUAUUCCUGAAGGGCAAUUGCAUGUACAGUGUGGCAGUGCACCAGGGAUAAAAAAAUUUAUUCCACCUGAAUAUUUAGUCAGUGGUUAUCUAACAGAGAAGGUUGACGUUUAUAAUUUCGGAAUGCUUCUGUUUGAGCUUUUGAGUGGACAGGAGCCAUCGUAUUACUUAUUUAAGGUGGGUAAUGUACUGCAUAGUAGGAGUCGCUGUGUUGAAAAGCUCGGUGAUGUUGUCGAUUGUAGAAUAAGAAAUGAAGGAUUUCGGCUGGAGCAGUUUCAGGGUUUUAACACACUUCUCCUUAGAUGCAUUUCCCAUGAUGAAGAAGAGAGGCCAACCAUGACCGAGGUUGCCAAAGAACUCAGACUAAUUCAUCAGAAUCUUUCCAACACCUUGUUAUAGCCUAGCUAUAGCCCCAUCAUCAGUAGCUGAAAAAGUCUUGUAAGAUUCUUUUCUUCUAACAAAGCCAGUGGCCUGGUUGCUCCACUGGGGAAAUUUAAUUAUAGCACUUCCAGACUGUGGCAUUUAGUAUCAAAAUUCAUUAGUUUACCAGUAGUUCUUUAAAUCUGUUUGAGUAUAGAUUUAAACUGAAGCAGCUUUAAAACUAUGGUAAUAAAAUUCUAGAUUCUUUGUUGAAAUUCUCACUUGAUUGAAUGAAGAAUAACAUGUUUUUUGGCCAAAAGAUACAGCAAGGUUCAUUAUGCAGACAUUUGCAGAUAUUCAACCAAGAAA